AAUGGGGACUACGUUUGUAUGUAGAAUCGGCCGGCUUCUUUCCUCUUAAACAGAAAACACACAGAAAAUAAUACAUAAACAAUAAUACUUCCUAGGUGUUUUCCGCCACUUAUAGUAGCAGUAUAUAAUAGUGGUACCUAAACUAAGAUAUUAUGGCUCCUCUACACGAUGGGCCAUCAUACUGACCCUCUAAGAGGGGCCAGCGUGUAGAGAGGUUAGUGGUGUCGGAUGGCUUAUGGCGCGGCGGGAUGGCGAUGGGAUGGCCACGGUGUCGGUUUUUCGUCCGCAGAUCAAUGGUAGUGGGCCAGCGAUGAUGCGUACACAUCUACACGUGGCCCAUUCCAUAGUCCGUGCUUUUAACCAUCGCAUGGCCACCUUGCUGGUCCAACCCUGGGCCAUCGUGAAGAGGAGCCAUUAGAGUUACUUAUGGACCAUAGUGCCAUAGUUGGGAGAUAUUGGACUAGGUAUAGUUGGCUGAUUUUAAGGUAAGUAAUGUGUUUUUCAAUUAGUUACUCUAAUUUGAGGAACUAAAAUUCGAUUUACUAACUAUUUACAAAUAACUUAAUAUUAACCUCAGCCUACUAUAGUCGAUAACGAUAUCUGUUCAGUAGAAUCGAAUUUACGUAUGUAAAUAUAAACAAUCAAAAGCAGAGGCCACGUCUCAAAUUUUAAGAUAACGACGGGUAUAUAAACAUUAAGCUGGACUGACACGAGACAUAACUUCUAGAGAACACUUACACAAUGGCUUUCAAAAUUGCGUGCGUAGUCUUAGCUCUGGCAGUGGCUGCCCUCGGUCACUCCCAGUAUGGCGGUAGCGGCGGUUAUGGAGGUGGCCACGGCAGCCACGGCGGUCAAGGCGGUCAGGGCGGUCAGGGCGGUUUUGGCGGUCAGGGUGGUAUCCAAGAUGAUGUAGGUUUUGGACAAAAUGGACACGGAGGACAGGGUCAGCACGGGCAAGGCGGUUUUCAACAUGACCAAGGUUUUGGACAAGGAGGAUUAGGCGGACAAGGUGGUCAAGGACAGGGUUUCGGUCAAGGUGGUCAUGGACAGGGUGGUUACGGACAGGGUGGUCAGAGUGGUUUCGGUCAACAGGGUCAGCACGGCCCUCAUGGUGGUCAAGGCCAAGCCGGUCAGGGAGGUUUUGGUCAAGACAGCGGUUUCGGACAAGGCGGACAAGGUGGUUUUGGACAACAAGGCCAGGGUGGUUACGGUGGCAACCAUGGCAACCGUGGUGGCGGAUACCAGCAACAUGGAUACUAAAGAAUGAAAAUGAAGAUCUAAAUUGCGCCUGCAAAACUUAAUAGUUUGACUACUUAUCAACGUAAAUAAUUCUCAGUACGAGUAUUUUAGUCUUAAAUUCAAACAUAAAAUAACAUCGUCAAGGAAUCAGUCCUUCAGAUAACCCACCAGAAGUUGUUUAUUAAACAUUAUUUAAAUUAUAAAUAAAUGUAACAACAGUAA